AUAAAAAAAAAUGGUGGUCGUCCAGAAGGUCCAGUUUGGAAUUAUUUUACUAAAGGUGAAAGAGUAGGAAAAGAAAAAUAUAAGGCAAUAUGUAAUUUUUGUGAAGCAUCUUGGAACCGUGGUGAACCAAUUGAAUUAAAAGGUCAUUUAGCUAAUCAUUGUUCAAAAGCUAAUUCAACAAUUAUUAGACAAUUUCUUACAAGAAUUCUUUCUAAUAAUUCUGAAGAAAGUAAUUUAAAUAAAAAACGAAAAUGCAAUACUCAAGGAAAUCUUAAUCAAUAUGUUAGUAUAAUAGAAAUUGAUCAACAAAAAAUUAAAAGAAUUCAUCUUGCUUGGGCUAGAGCUUUUGCUAUUUGUAGAAUUCCUUGGCAUAUUAUUGAAAAUCUUUUUUUUAUUGAAGCAUUAAAAGAAACAAAUUUAUCUUAUAAUCCACCAACACGACAAUUUUUAUCAGAUUUAUUAUUAGAAACUAAUGAAAUUUUAGAAAAUAUUAAUGAAACUAAUGAUCAAAUUUCUGGUCAAGAUGAUUAUAAUUGGGAUCCUGAAAAUAUUUCAAAUUCUGAUGAAGAUUAA